CUUUUUCUUUUUACUCUUUAAUAAAUCGCAUAUUUCCACACAAAGCGCGUCUAAAGCAACUAUUUCAACCUGUAUCCACUCUCCUAGGUCCUAAUUCCCAACACAGCGAACACACCAUUUUUCUACAUAGACUUGGGAAGAAGAAGAGAGAAACUCAGAGAAACAGAAGCACCCACAAUGAUAGAGGAAGGCAGAGCUGCGCCACCACACGCCAUCCUCCUAGCGGUGGUGGUGUGCACAGUGGUGGCGGCUCCGCUCAUUCUGGGCGACCAAGGCGAAGCCAUAACCGAAGCCAUCUCCGAGCUCCUCAGCCCCUUUGGUCUCCUCCUCUUGCCAAUCAUCCUCCUUCUAGUCAUCCAGUUCCUCUCCUCCGAUCGUGGCUCAUUCAUAUCCAGCAUCUUCUCUACCGGCGAACCCGACUCCAUUCACAGAGCCAGCGGCUCACCCUUUGGGGUAGCGCUGUUUCUGGUGCUCAUCUUGUUUCUCUUGUACAACAAGAUCUCCAUCUUUGGUGGAGACGAUGAUUCUGGUGAUUAGGGUUUCUGAAUUCUGAUAUGCAUACGUAUAGUAUAGCUAGUAGGGAGUACGUAGGGUUGUAAACUUGUAACUUACCGAUGAUGGUAGAGGGUACUGUGGUCACUAAUGUUGAAUUUUAACUUGAUAAUACUGAGAUGUCCUUGAUGGUUGCUUUGAAUUAAUUGUGUUUCAUAAUGGAUUAAUAGAGGGUAUUAUGGCGUUUUUA